UGUGUAUUCACUGUGCAGUGCUGUGUGAAGGAGUCGGGUGGUGCGGAGUUAGUGGCUGAUAGCGCGCCAGGAGGCCACCCUCGAUGGAUUCACGUCGUUCGUCGCGUCGUUUACGUUCGCCGUCAUCCGUCAACCCGCAGACGCUCGUUUAAACCCUCGGCCCUCGCCGUCCCUGGCACGAAAUCCUCAUCGCCCUUCGCGAUUCUAACCUAAGAUAGUCGCCCACACACGACGGCCCGCCGCACGCGAGAGAGAGAGAGAGGACACGAAUGCCAUGCUCCUUUGAUAGAGACAGCACCACGUCGUCGUCGUCGUCGUCGUCGACCCGGACGGGACUCCACGCGCAUCGCCGGAGAGACGUCGUCGUCCAUCGACCAAUAAGGGCCCCGACGACCGGGAACGGCGCUCGUCCUAAGUGCAGUUACUAUAUCCAUAAACCUAAUACUAUCGCUGUGUAUAGUAAUGUCUAUCCCUCCUUCAUCCUCCAACAAUAUAUCUGACAAUAAUAAACUAGGCGGUGCCAGUCCUAGUCCAAUCGAAGGCAUUGAGGGAAUUCCUGGACCCAGUUCCUUGGAUCCUAUGAAUUCUGUGUUGCCACAAGACGAGGAAUCUGAGGAUUAUGGAGAUGACGAAGAUGAGGGUGACGAAGAGAGUAGUGAAGGAGAAAGUGAAAUUAGCGACAGUGGAUUGUUCUGCGAUACCGAAUGUACAGCAGAAGUUGAGAGCAACAAUGGUCAAUCACCUGUAUCGCAAUCUCAAAUGGUUCUCCCUGAACAGAGUCCAGUGCCGCAUAAUAAUAUGUCAUCAGAUGUUGCCCAGCCUCUUAGAAAGCGAAAGAGUGAAACAGAAUGUUGCCUACCAUGUAAAAAACUUAAUCCAGAGGAAAAGUCUCAUACAAUGGCUACAAGAAAAUUGGACGAUAAAGGUAAACAUGUGAGAUGUGUCAUUCCUACCAAGGAUAAUCCUCCUCCAGAACUAAGUAGUUGGCUUUUGCAAUUUCAGAGAUGGUCAAAUGCAGAAAGAAUGUUAGCAAUAGACGAAUUAAUAGACAGAUGCGAGCCUACGCAGGUGCGUCACAUGAUGCAGGUGAUAGAGCCACAAUUUCAGCGAGAUUUCAUAUCACUUCUGCCGAAAGAGCUAGCGCUAUCGGUGUUAGCGUUCCUAGAGCCAAAAGAUCUCUUAAGGGCGGCGCAGACUUGUCGAAAUUGGCGAUUCCUAGCCGACGACAAUCUACUUUGGAAAGAAAAGUGCAAAGCGGCCGGCAUAGAUGAUCUAAAGGAUCUGCCAUCGCUGAAGCGCAAAAACUGCCGUAGCGGCAGUCACUCGUCGCCCUGGAAGCAGGCUUAUAUGCGGCAACAUAAUAUUAAAAUGAACUGGAGAACGAAACCGAUUCGUACACCGAAGGUGUUGAAGGGUCACGACGAUCACGUUAUUACAUGUCUUCAGUUCUCCGGCAACCGGAUAGUUAGUGGUUCUGAUGACAAUACUCUCAAAGUGUGGUCCGCUGCAACGGGCAAGUGCUUACGGACAUUAGUCGGACAUACUGGUGGCGUGUGGUCUUCGCAGAUGUCUGGCACGAUCGUUAUCAGUGGUAGUACGGAUCGUACUUUGAAAGUGUGGAAUGCAGACACAGGUCAUUGCAUUCACACUUUGUACGGUCACACGUCGACAGUGAGGUGUAUGCAUUUACAUGGUAACAAAGUCGUCAGUGGUAGUAGAGACGCGACACUAAGAGUGUGGCAAGUGGACACGGGGGAGUGCUUGCAUGUGCUCGUGGGGCACCUAGCGGCGGUCAGAUGUGUGCAAUAUGACGGGAAGUUGGUGGUCAGUGGUGCCUACGACUACAUGGUCAAAGUUUGGAAUCCAGAGCGCGAGGAGUGCCUUCAUACUUUACAAGGACAUACCAACCGCGUUUAUUCCCUCCAAUUCGACGGUGUGCACGUUGUUAGCGGAUCGUUGGACACGAGCAUAAGAGUGUGGGAGGUAGAAACUGGUGCUUGUAGACACACUCUAAUGGGUCAUCAGUCUCUCACCUCGGGAAUGGAAUUGCGCAAUAAUAUUUUAGUAUCUGGCAAUGCUGAUUCUACAGUUAAAGUGUGGGACAUUGUUAGCGGUCACUGCCUUCAAACUCUCUCCGGUCCGAACAAGCAUCAGUCAGCGGUCACUUGCCUUCAGUUCAAUAGUCAUUUUGUGAUUACGUCCUCUGACGAUGGUACAGUAAAACUCUGGGAUGUUAAGACUGGUGAUUUUAUUAGGAAUCUAGUUGCUCUCGAUAGCGGGGGUAGCGGUGGUGUCGUGUGGAGAAUUCGAGCGAGUGAUACGAAACUAGUGUGUGCAGUUGGUAGUCGAAAUGGUACCGAGGAGACGAAACUGCUUGUCCUCGAUUUCGACGUUGAGGUAAAAUAGUGCGCUUCAUCACUUGGAUACAAACGCCACCCUUGUACGACUUCUGUACAUAUACUUUCAAUUAAGUAGUCUAAAAACUAAUCUACACUGUACAUGUAUUACAUGGUGUGAUUGUGAUAAGACUGUGUACACGUCGUAAAUAUCGAGUGAAAUUUUUUUUGUGAAAUGGGAGGAUUCGGAAACGAAUGAGAGAGCGUGAGUAAUUGAGAGAGAGAGAGAGAGAGAGAGAGAGAGAGAGAGAGAGAGAGAGAGAGAGAGGAGAGGAAAGAGGGGGGAGGGGGAGAUAUAUGUAGUGUAUGAUCUCCAGAUGGAUUAAAGUGCCCGUCGAAGAAUUAUAAUUAUCGUUUUGUCGGUGCGCGCGCGUUGUGGUGUACAAAUGUGAGAUUUAUAAGACUCAUAAACUUACGGGAAAAAAACUGAGGAGCUUAUCAGUGUACUUCUGAAUUUUCGCUGUUAUAAGGAUUCAGUGGAAUCAUCAACGAUGUAAAAGUAGCAAACAUCCCUAAUUCGAAAUUAAUUGUAAAUAUAACAGGUCUAUUAUGUGGGCAUUUAGGAAUGUAUUUGUCAAUGAUGACAGACUGAAAAUGAUAAGACGACUGAGACAUACUGAAACUACAAGACAAAAAUGACAUAUUUGAAGAAUCUCAUACUUCCUGGAGUAAAAACGAGGAGAUUAUCGACAAUUUCAACACAAUUAUUUGGACUACGAAUUUUUUUUCCGAGAAAUUUCAAACGUGUCUAUAGAUCAAAACAUAAAUUUUAUAUAAUUUAUUGUCGAUUUAAUCGAUUCGCGUGUCAAACUGAUUGUUUUGGCUGCAACAUUUCCUAAUCAUGUAACUUUAGACUUUAUUAGUUAUCUGUACAAACAUCGUGAUCUGGUUAAAAACAAAUAUUUUUAUAAAUGUUUACAAGCCGUGAUAUUUUCAUAUUAUUGACAUUUACUAAAGAGCAUGAAAUGCCAAAUGGAUUACGAAGCAAUCCAAAUUAAGAAUGUUUUUUUUUUUACAGUAUACUUUUUCAUUGUAUUGUAGAAAUCUUCUGUUUUAGAAUUAUCGAGAUUAAGCUAAUCCUUUAUUCUGAAAUUUUCUACUUUGUCUCAUUCUAUGCACAAUCACAUAGUGAAUGUAUAAUAGGAAAACAGCAGAGAAGAAAUUUUCAGUUUUUAUAAAGAUAGCUCUAGAUUAAAGAUCUAGAAUACAAGAUUCCUUUUUCAACAUUGCAUGUUUCGCUCUGCCAAUGGUGCAAUAUAAUAAAAAUAGCACAUUUGUUCACGUGCAAUACAGAUUUACAAAACAGUGAACUAAUACAAGCUUGUAAAGCAGUAUAGUUACUUUUUUUUAAAUAUUUUUGUCAAUUGCAAAGGAACUUAUUAAAGAAAGAAUAUUUGUAUUAGCCAGAUCUUUUCCAUUUAACACAAAUUACAUAAAGGGGACUUAGAUCAUCAUAUUGAUUGGCAAAAUUUACAUUGGAUUCUACUGAAUCAUAUCAUGAAUAGCAUUACCUAUAAUGCAAUUUGUGCAAAUGCAUCUUUAUUAUUGGACCUAGGUUAGACUAGGUGUCGUGUUUAUUUGUAUAUUGCUCAAUAGUUUAUAUUAUAAGAAUGUGUUACCUGUUGUAUCAUUUUUUUAUAAGAAAUAGAAAAAAAUGUUGCUACAUAUUUUA